AUGGAGAUGGUGAUGGAGAAUAUGUUGAACUUCAUGCAAGGGAUGCACCUAACAGGUCAGGCUAACCCUCGAACUCCUGAUAUCGUUGACAGAUUUCAGCGGUUGAAUCCGCCUAUCUUUCGAGGCAAAGCGGGAGCCGACCCAAGUGAGAGUGAAUAUUGGAUUGAGCAGAUUGAGAAAAUCUUUAAUUUUAUCUGCGACGAUGAGGGGGAAAAAGUAGGUUGUGCCACUUUCAUGCUUCGGGAUGAAGCAAAUCAGUGGUGGAAGACCAUGCAAAGGACCCUACAAGGAUCCGGGGGGCAAGGUACGCCAAUUGUUAUAGGGGCACAAUUUAAGGAAUUGUUUUAUGCUAAGUAUUUCCCUUUGUGUAAGAAAACGGAAAAGGCCCGGGAGUUCAUGGAUCUGAAGCAAACUGGAGACAUGUUUGUUGCCCAGUAUGAAGAUCAUUUUACUCGGCUAAUCAAGUAUAUGCCCAUUUACAACUUGGACAGGGAGGCAAAAGCUCAGAAGUUCCUUAGAGGGCUGAAACUGGAAAUCUAG